GGUUCAGCCCAGUCAAAGUGACUAGCGCCUGCGGUGCGCUGUGCUACGAGGUCGUACAGCGUCGCUGUGGCCUGCCAAAAAUUGCCGAUGGCGUACGAGGUACAAUGUACUAUACAUCGUACUUGGGAUCAUCUGGUAUAUAGUUCUGCUAGCGUGACCAGGAAAACUAUGUACCAGUACUAGCGCGGAGGUAGUCAUCGACGCGAGCCUUUCCUCGUCUCGUCUUCCUCAAUUUGCUUUUUUACUAGGCAGGAACGCCUGUUUGGUGUUUGCUUAUUUUAGCCUCUCCUCCUAUUUCUUGUUGGUCCCCUCCGUCCCUCCGCAAACUCUCACUAAACAUUCACCAAGCAACGAAAAGGUGGGAGGUUUAGGAAAGUCUUCAGCAAGCAACAAAAAAAGCAAUGCAACAAUCGUUUUAAUUUGUGUAUCAUUCUAGUCUAUCACUAGACAUUAUUCUUUUAUUACUUUUUAGAACCCGAUCCGAUCUUUUUGGUGUCCCCUGUUCCGGGGCGCUCCGUUUCCUCUUUCGUAAUUGAGCUGAGUCCGAUGAAUACGAAGGGUCCAGGUCAUCUCGUUUUUCUCUGAGCCACACAACAAUACAGAGAGACAUUAUCCAUCUCGACACCAUUCAUCAUAACCAGUUCCAUUAAAGGAUUUCCAUCGCGAUUGCGCAUCGAAUAUAACGUCGGGAUCUCUUUCGCUUAAUUAUUUAUUCGAUCGCAUCGCGUGAAUUCGCCCACCAUGCGCCCGCAACCGAUUCUAUUCGCCGCAGUCGCCCUGUUGGCUUCUAACGUCAUCGCUCAAGACGCAACCACCACCACUGCUGCGACAUCGAACCGAGAUACCACUACGAGCGCUGCAACCACCACUGCCGCUUCGACGACUACAGACAGAACGACCGCGGAAGAAACCACCACUAGUGAAAACACUUCUUCCGCGGAAUCAACGACCAGUGAUAGGACAUCAAGUGACCGAACAACAACCACUGCUCGUAGCACGACGACCGAUGCGUCAUCGACUGAUAGUGUUCCAACUAUUACCUCAACUUCAUCUGAGCCGCUUCCCACUCUUUCCGGCCAGUACAGUUAUCCCGCUCCCAGUGUACCUCCGACGAACAAUGCUCCGUUCAUGCAACCCUCAAGUGUGCCAGAAGGCACUGUGUUUAUUGCCGUUGGAGCCAUCUUAGGCGCUUUUGGAGCCGCCGUCCUGAUAUGGCGGGCUGUUGUCGCCUGGCUCCUGCAUCGGAAUGUUAAGAAGGCGGCGUUGGCUCAGCAAGUUGCUAAUGACAAAGCUACCUUCCAGCCGCCCCCACCUCCGUUCUAUAAGUACACCGAUCAAGCAUCGUCGGCUUCUCUUGGUGGUUCCGUGCCGGGACGAGGAGUGCGGAGAACAACGCGAGGACCUAUUCCUUCAUCCACCCCCAGCCAGUCCAAUCUCUUCUUUUCUCCUACUGCUCCAACUGCGUCCAGUAACGGUAAUCGUGAAUCUCGUUUCCUACCCUCUGGUUUCUAUGCCGCCGGGGCGGGAUCUCCACAACAGCAAGGUCAUAAUCACUCUAUCAGUCUGACGAACCUUCGCCCUGAUUCGCGUGGUCAUGGACGCCCUCUUGGACACACCCCACCCGAAUCUCCUAGUCUAGCACCCCGUCAAGAUAUGGCACGACGAAAUAUGAGUGCAAGCUCGUUGAAUCUCAACCGGCCACCUAGCGGACGAGCGCCGAGUGCCUUUUUGGAGGACCUAUUGGAUGACCCUCAAAACCAAUUCCCACCUCCUGGCCACCCGAAUACCUGGAGUCAAGCUCAAACCCGGCAUUAGUUAUCCAGCAAGAGGUCUUUUUCUUCGACGGAGUCCGGACUAGGAGGUCUACGGUGUUAGGGUAUUUUACAAAUUCUUCAGUGCAACAUAUUUAAAAGCAUUAUCGAGGCACGAUAUAGAGAAGAGGUCGGGUGGAUCAGACCCAGUAGAGUAGUGGGUGGGGAGGAAAGGAGUAGAGUCCUACACCCGGCGGUGAGGACAGCCCGUUCGGAUCUUGCCUGCCGAGCAAUUGCUUCUUGUAAAAACAACGCGUGUUGUAAUAGGCAUCAGAGUUGGAGUUACGGGUACGGUGGUAACUACUUUUUAUGGGCUUUUUGGCCUUUUUAUAAGAAAAAGGCACACAACAUUAUAUCUACGUCAUAUAUCUAUCGCCGAAGAGUGCAGUACAUAGUCUGUUCGCUAUCCAAUAAUCUUUUCCCCGGUUCUGCGUCCAACGACCGAGUCCCGAUGUCAUUACCUAUCAUACCUGUCAUACCUAUGUACCUAUCAUGCGGAGUUCAAGUCCGCCUAUCUAAUCUUUCAAUGCUAAUCUAUUGAUACCUGCUACAAAUACGCGUGUGUCUGUACUACACGAAAACUUGAAUUUCUCGGAGAUGUUUUACUGCCCAAGGUUAUCGG